AUGAAGAGACUGCGAGAAGAAGAAGAGUCGCCUAAAUUGGAUUUGAAACGGCGCCGGGGUGACGAAGUGGACAUUUCCACACCAUUGCAGCCGACAUCAGAGGCAGAGGAGGAGCGCAAAGAGAAGCUGCCAAAUCUGGAAGAAAUAUGGGAGAAAUUAGCUCCUGAGUUUUCGAAAUUUACAAACAAGUACUGGGACUUGGUUCAAAAUGCACGUAGUGAACCUCGCGGGUACCGACCGAUCAGGAUAGCUAUUAUAGAUACCGGAAUGCUUGAGAUACGGCCUGAUACCGACAACAGAGGGGUUGCUGCAACUGACCGACAACAAUUAGACACCCUUCGCACCGAUGAACAGCAGGAACACUUGAGCAGACGGCCGAUCGAUGAAACUCUGCGGUCUCGCAUCAAGGCAGGACGAUCCUUUGUGGACGAUGACGAUGCUUCCAGUCAACAAUUCCUCGCGUCCGACGCACAUGGCACCCGGAUGGCCAAAAUAAUAGGCUCCAUUGAUCCGUGUUGUGACUUGUAUAUUGCUAGAGUGGCGUCGAGAAGAUCCGGAAUCACUUAUGAAAGCGUUGCAAAGGCAAGUUCAAGCUAUUUGGCAAUACGAUGGGCGAUAUCAAAAGGAGUUGACGUUAUCUCCAUGAGCUUCGGCCUCCGUGACAAAACAGACGAGCUUGAGGAUGCUUGCCGUGAAGCAACCAAGCGCGGCAUUGCCAUGCUCUGCAGUGCUCACGAAGGAGACAUAAACUUGAAACAUGCCUACCCAGCACGCUUCUGUGGUACGAUCCCCAUUAUGGCCUGUGACGAGUCUGGGAUGGUGCCUCGUGGAAAUAAGAAGCUGGGUAAUGAGUUUGCGGUCCAUGCCCCGGUGGAGAUUUUUCCGGUUCUCAACUGUAACGACAAUGUAUCACCAAGCUCUCUGGCCACAGCUAUCGCGGCUGGACUCGGCUCGCUAAUUCUAUCCUGCCAUCAGCUGGCCCAUAGGGAAGAGGAGAACGUUGAACAGAAGGGACAAUCUUCGCUUGCGAGGUAUUAUUUGCAAAAGAUGGCUGGAGAUGGGUCCAAUUUUGUUCAGCCUGACAGAUUUGCUAGAAUUGACCGUUGUAUCAAUGAAGGGGGGGAAAUUGAUAUACAGGCUAUUCUUCAAACAUUCUUCAGAGUCUAG